ACCAUCGACCAUCAACCCCAUCGCCGAAAACCACACAGAUGAACCCGCCCAAAGAGGCAUGUGUACCAACUUCGCAUGCGUGGAAUUUCUAACUAUGAGCGCUUUUCGAGAAAAAUUUAAGCAUGAAGCCAACUCAGCAGCCCUGCAUCCAGGCCUCGAAUGGUCUGCUCAGCAUUUAGCGGGAAUUUUGUUCCCUCGAUUGCAUGCUAUGAAACAAGAUUCGUUAAACGGAACAUUGGCAUUGUUCCAACCGCAAUCUCCGAGCAGCAGAAGAACGCUUGAAAAAUGUUCAUGUUUCAUAAAUAAAAUAUCAAGUGAUAAAGGAAAAUCCGAGGCGGGAUAUCUGAAAUGCUUUAAUGAUGUUUUUGAGUUCAUUGAAGACUUGGACGACAUCUGCCCGCUGCAUCCCCGUCCCGCUGACAGUCUUCCGUGCGUUUUCCUGCAAGAAGCUGAAAAUUUGGACGGUAUUAGGUCUCUUCGUUGCAUGUCCCGUCGUUCAGGCCUGUGCUUGAUUGAGCCCUGUAGUGCCGAGGCAUUCAGGGGAAUUCUACGACAUCUCAUUGACGAGAAUAAACGUUGCCAUCUUCUGACGGAAACCGACUUGAAAUUUUUAGCCCAACAGCAAGAAAAAAUUGAAGACCAAAUGGACUGUAGAAUUUGUUUAUCGCAGGAAACGGAUGUUCCUAGCCUUGAAGCCAAGAACUCUCAAUUUUCCUCCGAGAGCUACAGGAACCACGACGUGAGAGGCAGAACUGUGGUCGUUGACGGUUGCCGCAUGCUGCUCGAUGAAGCUUUCCAGCGUUGUUUUGGCCGCGAUGGAUCGCUUCUAUACGUCCGCGCGGAUUGGCUUGCAGAUAAUGAUACAUUGAGAAUGUUCGCCACUUACUGCAAUUCUUUCGCGAUCAAUUCAAGGUACGUCAACACCGAAGUGCUCGGUCCGCUCGCUGGACUCCUUGGACAAAAGCUUGAAUGCCAUCUUGCUCCGCUCUUCAGUAUUGAGUUUGCCGGAAAUUCCAUCUGA